AUGAUACAGAGUGUAUUCCUGCCAAGCUUCUACCGAACAGCAAUCAACGUGUCGUCAACCCUUCGCUGUGAAGCGUACAAUCAAUGCGUCCUUGAUGGAGCGUUUUUGAACCAGCCUUCAAUGAUAUCGAGGUUUGCAGUAUUCAGGAACUCUGGCCAAAAUGAACAAAGAGUCGACAGAAUCGUUCUUUGGGAAGUGGCCGAGUGCAACAUCUCCGCUGUAGCUUACACGUACUCGAGUGUGUCUGUCCACAACAACCAGUUUAUGGCCGGCCUAAUCAAAACUAGCCCUUUGGUGGCCGUUACAAGCAUCUCCGACAAUCGUACUCAAUCCCCAUACUCGUCGCUUAAUCUUACCACUGUGAAUGCAUCUCAGACUUUUACAGUGAACUCGGUCGAUUGGUACGCUGUACACCGAUUCCUGAGGACCAUGGUCUUUAAGGGCAGCAGUCUGGUCGGGUAUAAGGGGGUGCUAACUGAGCUGAAUUUUGGCGCUACCCUACUUCACAAAGCCGAUAUCGGUAAAGUUACCUCCAACAUCGCCCUCGGCAUGACCAAUCGAAUCCGCACGGGGCUUAAUAGCACGGUUGCUCAUGGAGCAUCUUUGCGCGACGAGCCAUUCGUGGUAGUCCAGUGGAUAUGGUUAGUCCUUCCUGUAUUCACAGUCCUGGCAUCGACGGUGUUCCUCCAAGUUACCGUUGUUCUUAACCAAAUGCACGAUGCGGUCUUAUGGAAGUCGUCGAGCGUGGCUCUGCUGUCUCGCCAGAUUCCCGACUGGAGUCUUCAGGUCCCUGAAAAUUUGACCAGCCAGGUGGAAUUAAAGGCGGCUGUGAAGAGUGUGAGGCUGGUGCUGUCUAAGGAUCAGAAUCUAUGUCUGGUCGACACUGAUUGCUCAAAGAAAUUUAGCAUACUGGAAGUUUGGACAUGUUGGAAGGAUUUUAGAGUGACCGUGGUCAUUAUCAUUGAGUGCCGGUUUGGGGCUUAG